ACUGAAGAGGGAUAGAACACAUGUUGGGAGCAGACAGACUGCGAACAAGGGAGAAAGUCUUGCAAUAUCCGCAUAUCAGCAUUAAACAGAGAUGGCGUCACUGUGCAAGAACCUAGCUGUGCUUCUUCUUUUUUUAACUGCCUCACCACUCCCUUCUUCCCACCUCUUCGGUCAUGCUGCCUCUACUUCCCCUCCCAUCACUCGUCCACGAAUCGUAUUCAUGACUCGUGGGGCCUCGGAUGAUGACUAUGACGACGACUACUUUGAUACCCACAGCUCUACUACUGAAGUGUGGACCCCCGUGAAGAUCACCCAUCUCCACCAGCGACCCCAAUUAUGCCAGUAUAACCCCUGCUUAGAGAAUCAGCAGCCCUGCACCCAUCUUUCACAGCAGACUGGGUGCCUUUGUCCUGGGCUCAGUGGGGCUAAUGAGCCUCCUCACGCACCAAUCAUCAACGCACUGCUGCCAGUCAAUGAAGGGGAUAACAGGGGGAAGGCAGAGGUGCAGUGGUGUGCUCCAUUCUCUGUGGUUACUGGGUAUAGAGUGGUGGUUGAGGGAAGUGCCGGGGCUUUGGAGUUUGGAGCUGCGCUGCGACGAGGUUUGGUGGGAUCUUUAGAAGUUGGGACCAAGGUGUGUGUGGAGGCGGUGAACGGUGCAGGACGCAGCACCCUCUCAGAGUUCUCCUGUAAGCGAUAUAACCUUCCUGAAUCUUUUGACCACAAAUUGUUGGCCUGGGUUGUAGGUGGAGGAGUUGUCCUCCUUCUUGUCAUCAUAACAGCUGUGAUCCUAUGGAAGCAUAAAAUGUGCCAAAAGAGAAAGAAAGACUCCACCGAUGGACUAGGGAACCCUUCUUACAGCACAGAGGGGACUCUGUAAUCCAGACUAGUGCAGCAUGGACAGUCCAUCCUAGUUUCAGGACCCCUAAAUUAGAGGACACAGCGUUGUGAUCAUGAACAAAAGCCAAACAGUCAUGGGGUUGUGUUGUGAUUCAUUAUAGAAUCACAAAGUUGUUUACACUCCUGUUCCAGGAGUGGAUAUAUGAAAAUAUUGGGAGAAGAGCAGUGGUGUUCGUAGAAUAACAUUAACAAAUAGUUAAUUGUGUUAUUUUCCGGGUUAGAACUACAGGUUUAUUUGCUGGCGAAUUAACCAAUGUAAGUUUAUUGUAGUGAAUGUAAUUGAAAAUAUUGUUUUUUUAGGAUAUAGGUACUCAGUGA